AUGGAGUGGAAUUAUAAUUCGCUUCGUGAUGCGUUCAAUGAGAGGGACACUCGCUGUAUUCUAGCCAUUCCCUUAAGUUCAUCGAGAUUGCCUCGAGAUGAACUUGCUUGGGCUUUCUCCAAAAAUGGCUUAUACUCUGGUAAAAUGGAUGCAAUUGAUGGUGAAUUGAUUGAUUCUAUUGCCUUUAUGCAAAAUGACUUUUGCAGCAGUCCUAAUACAUCCCCAUUGGUUCUGAUUGUUGAAAAUAAAUGCAUUACUCCCUUGAGUGGAACUUCACUGGUUCCAGAUUCUGUAGAAACUUGCACUGCUCUCAUGUCACCACCCAUUGGUAUUGUUCAUACAAUUGACACCAUACAUUCAAGUAAUAGGGGUGUCUUUGUGUUAAAGCCUCCGAAGGUAGGUAUGAUUUUCAAAAACUGGGAAGAUAUUGAAAUGUAUUAUAAAGAGUAUGCUGAACAAGUAGGUUUUGGGGUGACUAGGUGUCAGUGGUCUUCGUCCAAGAAAGACAAGAAUGUAAAGCUUUGUUUUACUUGGAGGUGUGAGUGUUGGGGUCCACCUAACCUCAGGGCCAGAAGGGAAGCAAACAAACAAGCGAAGGCCAUGGGUGAGGGUGAAACUGGAGGUGUUGUGAAUGGUGUAAUUGGUGAGGAUGAGCUUGCCCGUGGGAAAAGGAAGUCCAAGAAAUGCUUUUACCUUGCAAUGUUAUAUUCUGGUGUUACUGCAGAAGCCAAAGAAUACCGUAUGAAGAAGUACACCGCUACAGUGAAGAGGAGGUUAGUAAAUUAUUUUGGAGAAGGGGUUCCUAUUAAAAAGAUCCAUGGUUGCUUAGAUGUGGAUAAAGGCGGUGUUGAAAACAUGCCAAGUGUUAAGGACCUCAAACAUGAGGUGUACAAGGAGAGGAGGCUUAAAAUGCAAGGUGGAGAUGAUGCCGCCAUGAUGAGGUAUUUUGAAUACAUGCAACGGGACAACAAAAAUUUUUAUCAUGCUAUUCGGUUAGAUGAAGAAGGUCAAUUGAAAGACGUUAUGUGGGUUGAUGCUCAUAGCCAUGUUGCUUAUGAGGAAUUUGGUGAUGUGUGGUUGUUGGCCAUGAACAACAAACCUCCCCGGGCAAUACUCACUGAUCAAGCACCUGCAACGCGUAGAGCAUUGUCUGAAGUUAUGCCCGAUUCUAGGCACAGAUGGUGCAUUUGGCAUAUUAUGAAGAAACUGUCAGAGAAACUUGGUAAGCUUGAGUUAUACAACGACUUCAAAAAUCCCUUGAAGGUCGUCAUAUACAAGAGCUUUAUGGCGGAAGAGUUUGAAAGUAGUUGGUGUUUUUUAAUGAAGGAGUAUGACCUUGAAGGAAAUGAUUGGUUGGAGGGGUUGUAUGAUGAGAGACACAUGUGGGUGCCAGCCUUCAUGAAAGAGUAUUUUUUAGCAUUAACAGUUUUUGUGAUGGAUUUGUUACAAGGAAAACCAAAUUAUUUAAAUUUCCACAACAGUAUUGCAAAGCUUUGGAGAAGCGUGUUGAAGAUUAAACAAUUGCAGAUGACAAGGGGAUGA